AUGACUUCAGUAAACUCCCUGUUCAGCCUGGAAGGCAAGACGGCGUUGGUGACGGGCGGAACUCGAGGGAUCGGCCAGAGUAUGGCCAUCGCAUUGGCGGAAGCGGGAGCAGAUGUGCUUCUCGUGCAGAGAGACGAGUCCAACCAAUCCACCAAAGAAGCAAUCGAAAAGCUGGGGCGAAAAGCCCAAAUCUACGUCGCCGACCUUGCCUCCAACGACUCGAUGAAAGCUCUCCUCCCCAAAGUGCUCGGAGACGGUCACACGGUGGACAUAUUAUUGAACUGCGGAGGCAUCCAACGUCGACAUCCCGCCCACCAAUUUCCCGACGAAGACUGGGCGGAAGUCAUGCAGGUCAAUCUCAACGCCGUGUUCACGCUGUGUCGGGACGUGGGGGCGCACAUGCUCUCACGAGACGCAGACUCGUACGGCAGGAGGGGGAGCAUCAUCAAUGUGGCGAGUCUGUUGACAUUCCAAGGAGGAAUCAAUGUGCCCGCUUAUGCAGCAUCCAAGGGAGGUGUUGGGCAAUUGACCAAAGCCCUCUCCAAUCAGUGGGCCAAUCAGGGCAUCACGGUAAAUGCGAUUGCGCCGGGAUACAUUGCGACGGAGAUGAAUACGGCAUUGCUGGCGGAUGAGAAGAGAGCAGCGUCGAUUCUCGAGCGGAUACCGGCGGGGAGAUGGGGUAGUCCUGAUGACUUCAAGGGCAGUGUAGUAUAUUUGGCAAGUCGAGCAAGCGCCUAUGUCAACGGGGAGAUUCUCACGGUGGAUGGUGGAUGGAUGGGUCGGUAAAGAGAGAAGUCUUUUUUUUUUGAUAGUCAUGUGUCAUGUCAAUGUCAGACCUGAGGCCACUAUUUGAUCGGCAAUACGAC